UACAGAUUGGAUCUUCUUUAAAUGGGGGCUGAGCUAAGAUGAAGGUACUUGGUGCUUCUUGUUGCUGAGAAAUACAGCUCGAGACGAAACCAUGGCCUUCUCUUCUCGCCUGGUAUACCUCGCCAUCCUGGUCCUGGCAUCUCACGUGAUGUUCAGUAAUGCUGCUGUCCGUGUGUGGGGUCUCCGCGCCAACGGCCUGUCAGGUGACGCUAUGGGAAACCGCCCUGACCCGUACGUCAAGGUGUGGUGCGCUGGCGUCAACGGCGGCAGAACCGAGACCAUUAAGGACACACACAGUCCCAGCUGGGCCGCAGAGUUCAACUUCCCCAGCUGCAAGCCUAACUCAGUCCUGAAGUUGGAGGUGUGGGACCAAGACGUUUCCAAAGAUGACCCAUUGGGCGGCUGUGACUACAGACUGAGAAGCGGGUCUAUUUCUAAUGCUAAGUGCUCCCUGAAAAAAGGCACUGUGUACUUCAACUAUACAGCCAAAUGAACAUCUCUGUAAUAAACAGUAUCAAUCAGAAA